CGUCAAGUGACGUCACUUUGUAGGUUAGGUGUGGCCUAAAAAUGAAUUGAUGAGAACCAGCAAGACGUAAGCUCGCGAUUAAGACUGAGUUUUUGAAUCUUCUGUCAGCUUCUGUCAAGGUGUCAAAAAAAAAACGAUGGGACUUUUCGGAAAGUCUCCGGAGAGGAACCCCAAGGAAAUGGUACAAGAAUGGACGCACAAAUUAAGGAAAGAAGGUUAUCAACUUGACAGACAAGUUAGAGCGAUUCAACGGGAGGAAGAAAAGGUUAAACGUUCUUUGAAAGAAGCUGCUAAAAAGGGAGACAAAGAUGUGUGUAAAAUUCUUGCAAAGGAGAUUAUACGCGCUCGCAAGGCAUGCAAUAAGAUAUACACGUCAAAGGCUCACUUGAAUUCGGUUUCCUUACAAAUGAAGAAUCAGCUAGCGACGAUAAGGGUAGCAGGAUCAGUUUCCAAGUCCACCGAGGUAAUGCAAGCGAUGCAAUCGCUGGUACGAGUACCAGAGGUUGCUGCAACUAUGAGAGAACUUUCUAAAGAAAUGAUGAAAGCAGGAAUCAUUGAGGAAAUGCUCGAUGAGACAAUGGAUGCGAUGGAAGACUCUGAAGAGAUCGAAGAUGAAGCCGACGAGGAAGUCGAUAAGAUUCUGUGGGAGUUAACGGCGGGACAAUUGGGAACGGCACCAGCUGUUGUAACAGAAGUUCCAGGAUCGGUUGCAUCAACUUCUAAAGAGGAAGAAGUUGAAGAAGUAGACGAUAAAGAGCUAGAAGAAAUGAAGAGUAGAUUACAAAGCCUUCGCAGUUAAUUUUCAACAAUAGUGAUUAAUUUAUUUUUUGCCCCCUCACAACUUUGUACGCCUGCUGUUUAAUUCACAUCAUUGAUCGAGGUGUGUAAAGUGUAUUGCUAAAAACUGUGGACGAGUUGGCUGCAUUGAUGAAUACUGUAACUCAAAUAACAGAAAUGCACAUUCACGUUGUUUGGAAAUUUUCACUAUUUACCUGGUCUGGUUGGAAAGCUGAGGAAAAAAGUCAUAUAUGCAGAAGUACGUGCAAAAGUAAGAAAAUACAUAUUGCACUCGAUGUUCCAAAAGAACACGAUUAAAAGGAUCCUGGUGUUUCCUUUUUUGGACUCAUCGAAGCGCGAUUAAAGAUUAAGUAUUAUAUAUUUUUUCUAUUACCUUAUUGCGAAACAUGGAAGCUGGCUUCGAUUUUACACUUACUAAUGUAACGAGUCUUAGAUUGUUAUUGCUGAUGUCAAUAGUAAAUACAUUUUCUUGUGUUAAAAUAAAGUGAAAGUUCUACGAUAUGAAA